CAGUCAUGUGGUCAGCUGUGUCCAAUCACAGCUGAUCGCAUGGGACAUGUACAUUGAUCAUCAGGUCACUGAUGAUCAGUGUGCCCUGAUGAUAAGUGUAACCCCAGCAGUGCCACCUGUCAGUGUCCAUCAAUGCCAGCUGUCAGCGCCCAUCAGUGUCACCUGCCAGUCCCCAUCAGUGCCACAUAUCAGUGCCUACCAGUGCACAUCAAUGCCACAUAUCAGUGCCCAUCUGAGCUGCCUUUCAAUGUCACCUAUCAGUGCCAGUCAGUGCCACCUAUCAAUGCGAGUUAGUGCCACCCAUCAGUGCUGCCAAUCAGUG